AUGCAAAAUUAUUACAUGCGCUUCACAAUUUGGCUCUACGUUGUUGGCCUUGCCCCCAAUAUCUGUUCCGCCGAGGUCAUUUAUGAAGAUCUCCCCUUGGUGCCAAAGUAUCUCAAGAUACAUGGCAUAGUGAUGGGACUUGCUUUCGCUGUCAUGAUGCCACUCGGCGUGCUUAUCAUUCGUAUUUCCAAGGUAAAAGGAACAAUUUGGAUACACGCCGGAUGGCAACUUGUUAGCUGGGCUCUGAUGAUUGCUGGAUUGGUUUCUGGCAUUCGUGUUGGUCAGAUACUAGACCGACUCGAAAAUAAUGCCCACACGGUAAUUGGCACCAUUGUCGUCGUGGCUUUAUUUCUCCAACCAUUCAUCGGAUUGGCACACCACCUUCGCUUUCGCAAGAAUCGGAAACCGAGUUUUAUUCACAUCUGGUAUGGGCGGGUGCUCAUAUUGUUAGGGAUCAUCAAUGGCGGUCUUGGAUUAAAGCUCGCUGCAAAUUCCACUGGAGGGGCUAUCGCAUAUGGAGUGGUGGGUGGUAUCUUCGGCAUGCUCAUUAUUAUCUUGGCUAUUCAGCGUGAAGCGAAGAAUCGUGGUUGGUGGUCCCAACCAUUGCGGAUGCCAUCACCGUCUGGGCCAGCUACGGAACAUGUAUCUAGAUAG